AUGAAGACCUGUGCUUUGAUUGCCUCCGCUGUUGCAGUUGCUCAGCCAGCCUUGGAGUUGGAGUAUGGUGCUUUCGCUCCGGCUGCUUUCGCUCCGGCCUUUGCUCCUAGCUUCGACGACCGGCGCGCGUAUGGCACCACUGACCGCACGUUCCGCGACCAGUACAUGAACGAGCGCCUCUUGAAGGACGACAGGUCGACUGUGAACUCUCCCCGCGCAUGGCCGACUUCUCAGACGUUGGGCCUGCCCGCAGUUGGCCAGCCGACCAUCACCUUGGCUGAUGCGCCCACUUUGUUCCCUGCGUACAGCAGCCCCUUGACCACAAGUCAAUUCGGCGCAACUCAGUUGGGCACUCAACUUGGUCCUCAACUCGGCACCCAGUUGGGCACUACCCAGCUUGGCAACCCGCUCGCAUACGGCCCCGCUUUUGGUAUCGGCGGACCCGCCGUCGGUGUGGGAGCCCCCGGUAUGGGCUAUGCCCCUGUGGACUUGGGUGCUCGUCGUGGCAACAAACUUGACAUCACAAACACCGACAACUACAACGACAAAGUCGCCGCUCAGAUUGGAGCGCUCGAGAAGAUGAACCACGCACGUGCUUCUGGACCUCAGUACAACACUCGUGACAACCUUACUCCCACCUCCAUCACUACCGAACGCAACUUCGUCGGACCCCGAGCCCGCUCCGACGACAUCUUCAGAACAGGCGGCGCCGCCAACUACCGUGACACCGGCAACUACGCCAACAGGGCCAACCGCGCAUCUGCCAGGUCCUUCGACCCCAUCUAUUAUUAA